AUGGAGAAUCAAACACGGAGCGGCUCAGCUGGCAAGCUCUGGCAAGGGGAAACGCAGUCUCCGAAGAUGCGAGAUGAAGAUGGCCGUGAAACAACUGGCCCCUACGAGGAAGACGAGGACAAGGACAACAACACCCACAACCGAGAAUCGAGUCCAGCUCAAGAGACCAAGAUGGUGUCGGGAGGAUUGAAGGUCGGGCUCGUAACUGUAUUGGUGUUUAAGGCAAGCACCCAGAUGAUCGGAAACCAGGCACUCUCUCGACUCGAACGCCUGACCAUCAUCAAAUCCCAGAACAAGAGCAUCUCAACCGAGCUAUACCGAUUCGGCCAGGCUCAAAGUUACAAACUCUAGCCCGAUUGAUGACUGUGAAUUUUGGGAUCAAUCGUUGCUGAUGAGUUGCAGCCUCGUUAUGAUGCUGUCUUUUGGUAGGCCAGUACUUUUAUGUGUGCGAUCAAGUGCACGAGAAUCAAGGGGGGUGGAAGCGAGGGGGAUGGCCCUUGCAAGGAAGGGUUGAGACGUGUUUGCGCUGGGUGGAUAUUUCCACCAGGGAGCGAAACCGAGAGUUUAAAGGGGCGCAAGAGCGGAGCUGGAGAGGGUUGAGUGAGCUGGGAGGCCCGAGUUAUCGAACAAGACAGCUUUCGGUCGGGAUUGGAUAGAUUAGGGAGGGCAUGGAUGAGAGUUGAGGAGGCAAGAAGAGGAGCGAGGCACACCUUUAUGAAUCAGAUCUGCUUGACUGGGGAGUGGAAGCGCAACGGGUGCCCAAGAUCUUCAAGUCGAGGUUGAUGUUAUAUCGAUGCUGACGGUGCUUGAUGAUGAAGUGGCAGUCUUGUUCUACUUGCAAGCCAGGUUUUGUUGGGAAAUGAGAUCGAUCUCCAAUCGAAUCCUUUGAAUGGGAUAAAAAAGAAUGCCAAACGAUUGAGGCAACAGUGAGCGAUGAGGGAUGGGGAGGUGGGCUUGAGUCGAAGGUCUCCUUAUUUCCUCGAUACUUGCUUGCCCUGAACCACACACAACACAGCGUACACACUCGCCAGUCUAGCAGCUAAACGCUACCACCCCCUCAAGGCAGUGGUAGU